AUUACGCAUACGCAAGGUACUGUUAACCGUCGGCAAUGCAACGAAAAAACAAAACAACGCUCGAAUAAACGUAUGAUCACGUGGAUUUGGCUGCGUUGCCUCGGUAAUUCGUCACCUUACCCUAGCUUUUCGCAUGCUUGCCAUGGGUUUUCAAGUCGCCAAACAUCGUUACGGCAUCCACGGGCGGCACGUCCCUGCAGCUGCACGACAGAGCAACCCCAUAUUAUGCCCCAGCUUCUGUUAUUCGUUUAGUCUGCCCUAAUCAAAGAGAGAAACACUAGUGAUGUACCAUGACGGAGACCCAGUUUUCGGUAGAAUAAAGAGAAGAAGCAUUCCCAGAGUCUUGGAUGGAGGCUGGGAACCAAGCUUGCUCAUCAAUUUAUUGUCAAGAUGAAGCUCGAACAACCACUGCAGUGUGUACUGCUUAGUGCAUCCUCCGUCUUCGCCGCUCCUCAAUCAUACCCCGCGAAUGGCACGACACCAGCUGAGUUCAGCUCAAAAUGUGCCGAUGUUGCUUCUAAACUCGCUGUCGAUGGUGCUUUCGUACACACGGCCGAGUUUGUCGCCGCCGGCACAAACUUGACACUCCCUCUAUACGACCAGACAUGCGCUGAAGCAUCGCCGCCUAUCACAGCAGACAUUUGCCGCGUCGCGCUUUGGGUUUCGACGUCCGAGCGUUCUGGCCUCAACAUGGAGGCAUGGCUUCCGGCCAACUGGACAGGACGAUUCCUCUCUGGUGGCAAUGGUGGUCUGAACGGCUGCAUCAAAUACGAAGAUUUGGCCUACGCGUCUGGUCUGGGAUUUGCGGCUGUUGGAACCAACAACGGUCACAACGGCACGAGCGGCAAACCGUUCUACAACAACUCGGAUGUUGUGGAAGAUUUCGCAUACCGAGCCCUUCACACUGGUGUUGUGGUCGGAAAGCAGAUCACCGAAGACUUCUACGGCAAGCCGCACGACAAGUCCUUCUACCUUGGAUGCUCCACCGGAGGAAGACAGGGAUUCAAAAUGGCUCAGGACUUCCCAGACGAUUUUGACGGUAUUGUUGCGGGAGCACCAGCCUUCUCUUUCAACAACCUCACUUCAUGGAGCGGACAUUUCUACACUCUCACGGGCCCAGCAAAUGCUUCCACUUUCGUCCCCAUGUCAAAGUGGGCGGUGGUGCACGCUGACGUCCUGAAGCAAUGCGACAAACUUGACAACUAUGAAGAUGGCAUCAUCGAGGCUCCCUUGCAUUGCAAGUACGACCCUUCUGGCUUAGCUUGUGUUGAAGGCAGCAACACCACUACCUGCCUAACACCAGAGCAGCUCGAGACCGUGAAGGCCGUCUACUCGCCACUCUUGAACGACAACGGAGACCUCGUAUAUCCCCGUCUGCAGCCCGGUGCUGAGCUUGGCGCAGCCGCUGUUCUCAUGAACGGACAGCCCUUCCCAUACACAACGGAUUGGUUCCGCUACGCUGUCUACAACGACCCUACCUGGGACCCAGCGACAAUCAGCUCAAAGGACUACGACAAUGCCGCACGACUGAACCUCUUUGGAAUUGAAACCUUCAAGGGUGACCUGAGCGGAGUGAAGGACCGUGGCACUAAAGUGAUUCACUGGCACGGUGGUGCCGACUUCAUCAUCUCAUCUGAGAACUCACCUCGGUACUACGAACACGUUUCUUCUACCAUGGGUCUUUCUUCCGACGAGCUCGACGAAUUCUACCGGUUCUUCUAUGUCAGCGGAACUGGUCACUGCGGUGGAGGAGAUGGCGCGCAUGCCAUCGGUCAAGGUCUUGGCGAGAUCAACGGCUACGAGCCCAGUCACAACGUACUGAUGGCUCUGGUCGACUGGGUAGAGAAUGGAAACGCACCCGAGACACUGAUCGGCACAAAGUUUGUAAACGACACGGAGGCUCUUGGCGUUGAGUUCGAGCGUGCGCACUGCAAGUUCCCCAAAGUCAAUCAGUACCAGGGCGGCAACCCGGAUGUCGUUGAGAGCUGGGAGUGCGUUGACCCAUAGAUCUGAUCGAAGUAUGAUAUGGGUAAAUGUAGCAAAAGUGAAUCGAGACCCUUAUUUCACAUCCA